CUACCUGUUACCUAGGCCGCCUUCCCUGCCUGACCAUGAGCUCAUUCAAAGUGUCUGUCUCAGCCUCCACUCCCCUUUGAUGAACUCUCCACACGCUUAGAAUAUGUGAUGUCACUGAAGGCAUAAAUGGGUGAGGGCGGGUGGAUAGGAGAGGCCACCAAGGUGUCCCCGCCCUGUGCACACUGUCUUCUGAGUCAGACCCAGCCCUGACCCUGGGACUCUCUCCGGCACCUGUUGGAAGACCCCCGACGUCGGGUUCAACAAGCCUCAAGUUCAGAUCCAGCCCCGCUGUGUGUCCCUGAGCUGGUCACAGACCCCUUCUGAGCCUCUGUUUCCUUUUCCACGAACCGUGACCCUCAUCCUCCUGUGCAGCCAGAGUGGUGAGGGGCGAUGCUGGUGGCCGUGGACACCAGCCAGGGGGCUGGCCCGAGCGUUGCCAGUGACAAGGAUGGGGACCUGCAGGGGCUGCUGCAGGAACUCGGCCAGCUCCAGGCGAAGCAGAGGAAGCUGAAGAGAGAGGUCGAGAAACACAAGCUUUUUGAAGACUAUCUGAUUAAGGUCCUUGAGAUAAUCCCUAAGGGCCACAAUGAAGGGGAGGAGCGAGAGGGGACUGAUGCGGCCCUGGUGGGGGCCAUGGUGGAGCACUAUGGGCAGCUCUUCACAAUCAGCCAGGACAUCCAGAAGCAUCUGGAAGCCUUCUCCAAGAUGAGCCAGGUCUUCCACCAGAGGCUGGAGUCUCUAGAGGAGAGCCACAGGGCUCUUAUCCCGAGCCUCAAGAUUCGGCUGUGUCAGCUGCAGAAGCGGUGUCAUCAUGAGUGGAAGUUGUGGGGGUUGGGACACCGUGUUGCCUCCCAGAAGGACAUGGACAGCUAUAAUAACCAGCUGCUCAACGACCUGCAAAGGAUCAUCAACAACAUGGUCCGACAGUGCUCCUCCUCCGCCCACCGCUCCGCCUCCGCCCACCGCGCACCGGAGAGCAUGGGCCUCUUCUCGAAGCUCGACCUGAUUCAGGAAUUCAUGUUGGACAAAAUGGAGACAGUGAAAUUUAUCUCACUGCUCAUGGAACCCAGAGUAUGCUGGUCAGGGGACCGUCUCAAGAACCCCAGAAGAUACCGCAGCUCCUUCAGGAAAUGCCCAAGGGAUCAAGAUUCGGUCCCCAGAACUCCCCUUCCAGGCACCCAGACUUCGGAGUGCUCCAGCUCGAGCUGAGCC